CAGGAGAAAGUUGAUACUUGAAACACGUGAAAAAUGCUGAGGGACCAAUCGGAGAAUGAAAUCAGCAAAUACUUCAGCUCGAACCUGUUGGAACUGCAAGAUGCUAUCAGUCCGCAGGACAUGAAAAGAUUCGCGGCCCUGAACAAUAGCUCGGAUAGAAUCGGUUUCCUAUUGAGGUACCCGGAGGCGUACAAUCUGUCCUUAGACACGGACAAUCAGGUACUGAAGAGCAGCGAGAAAGCUCGUCAGCUCAAGGACAUCGGUAACAAGUACUUCGGCCGCGGCGAAUUCCGAAAGGCCCUGGAACUGUACUCGAACGCUGUCCUGAUGGCACCUCGGGAAGAAUUGGGUGUGAUAUUAGCAAAUCGUUCAGCGACGCUUUAUUAUCUGGAGCUUCACAAGUACGCUCUGAUAGACGCCGAGGAAGCUAUACGGGUCGGUUACCCAAAGGAAUUGUUUUAUAAAAUCCAGGAGAGACGUGCUAAAUGCUUGCUCGGUCUGAAAAAACACGCCGAGGCUAUGGCGGCGUUCCGCAACGCUUUAAAAGCUCUAGACGACACGAAACUGUGUGUGGAAAAGAAACAGAAGUUCGAAUCGAAUAUUAGAAUCAUGCUUGCCGUAAUGGAAAGAGGCAAUCAGAUUGCCCAGAAGACUACAAAAUUACCCCAAAAGAAAAGCUUGGAAAAAAGCGUCGAACCUAAGAAACUAACUCUAAAAAUAGAGGAUUGCAAUCCUUUGUAUCCUGCAUGCAGCAAAGCGGUUGAAAUUCGAGACGACGGUGGUGACAUAGGAAGACAUGCCGUUGCUACCAAAAAUAUUGAGCCGGGCGAAAUACUGGUAAUAGAGAAACCACACUGCGCGUUGUUAUUAGCUGAAUAUAGGCUCACUCACUGUCACUUUUGUUUGGCAAGAAUAUUCGCACCGUUACCAGCUGCGUGCAAUAUAUGCUGUUGCGUAGCUUAUUGCAGCCUCCGUUGCAGAGACGCGGAUGCAAAAGUGCAUCAAAACGAGUGCGUAUUACUGCCCACAUUGUGGUCUUCAAACACUUCGAUAACGUGUUUCUUAGCGUUGCGAGCUGUCACGCAGCGACCCUUCGAUGAACUGAUUCAACUUAAAGAUAAGCUAAAGACUUCGAAGGGUAGAUUCGAUGUUACGGUACACAAACCUCACAGAGGACAAGAUUUCGAAGCCUUCUAUGGAAUGAUAACCCAUGAAAAUGAAAGAACUACAAAAGAUCUUUUCCAUAGAACUUACAUAGCAAUGUGGCUGCUGAGACUUUUAAAAAAAGGACCAUACUUUCCAGAAAAUGUUAAAACUCCAGACACGGUAGAAGCAAAACCUUCCGAGGGUGAAUUAUAUAUCGGUGGUUUAAUUUUACAUAGUCUGAUGUUGCUACAAUUCAAUGCCCACGAGAUAUCAGAACUGACAAUGUCGCGAAGCGACAAAACAUUGUCAAAAGCUAAGAGUAUAUUCAUUGGUGGUGGACUUUACCCAACAGUGUCAUUAUUCAAUCAUUCAUGCAACCCUGGUAUCAUCAGAUACUUUGUCGGCACUACUAUGGUUGUACGAGCUAUCCGUUCUAUUGCACCGGGGGAAGAGAUCUCUGAAAAUUACGGUCCAAUCUUCACAAGAUCUCCGGAAGUUGAAAGGAAGAGGAUACUCAGAUGGCAAUAUUGGUUCGAUUGCAGAUGCGAGGCAUGCUCGGCACAUUGGCCUCUCUUAGAUGAAAUUGAUCCAACAAUGCUAAGGUUCAAGUGCGAUACUGGGCCAGCAUGCGGAAACGUUUUACUAAUAAGAUCAGACACAAACGAGUUCAUGGUGAAAUGCUCUAAAUGUGGCAAUAACACAAAUAUUUUAAAGGGUUUGAAAGCCUUACAGGAUACAGACGUACUUUUUAAAAGUGCCUCGAGAUAUUUAGAAGAAGGAAAGAACCUGGACGCACUGAAAGCGUACUUAGAAAUUUUGAAAAUAUUAGACGAUACUCUGGCUUUACCCAUACGAGACUACCACCUUUGCCAGCAGGGUGUUCGUUUAUGUAUGCUUACUUUGGGAAAUUCUGCUUACAUUUAAAAAUACAAUUAAAU